CACCUGUCAAUCAAUUAACAGGAAAUGUAAUCCCAUCGUUAUUGUACUAUAAGAAAUGCGACGAAGUGAUUGGUCUGCUCCGUGGACGCUAUGACAACACAUAAACUCUAAUCACACGCUUCUCACGUUCCUGUGUUAACAGACAGUUUUAAUAUGUCCAAAAACAAGCAGACAUCUGGACACAAAGUUGCCCACAGUUACCAAAGGAGAAAGGAAGGGGAGGGAAGAAGCUGUAUUCGGUACAAAUGUGGCCUAACCAACACCAUACAAGAUGUCCUUAGCCAGAGACCAGGCUGGGCAGAGAUGAAAGAUGAUGGUGAAUGGGACUUUAACUGGUGUGAUGUUGGGUGGCUGAGAGAGAACUUUGACCACUCAUACAUGGAGGAGCAUGUGCGAAUAUGUCACUUCCGCAACCACUAUGAGCUAACCCGUAAGAACCUGAUGGUGAAGAACUUGAAGAGGUAUCGGAAAACUCUAGAGCGGGAGUCAGGUCGUUUCGAGGCGGCCAAAUGUGACUUUUUUCCACGUACAUUCGAGCUGCCCAGUGAGUAUCACCUCUUCGUGGAAGAGUUCAAAAGAAGCCCAGGCAGCACUUGGAUCAUGAAGCCAGUGGCACGAUCACAGGGGAAAGGCAUUUUUCUCUUUCGAAAACUCAAAGAUAUUAUCGAUUGGAGAAAGGAUGGGACCCGCUCUGAAGAACAAAAAGAUGAGGCUCAAGUUGAGAGCUAUGUUGCUCAGCGUUACAUUGAGAAUCCCUACCUCAUUGCUGGAAGAAAAUUUGACCUGAGAGUUUAUGUUCUUGUAACAUCAUUUAUUCCUUUGAAGGCCUGGCUGUAUCGUGAUGGUUUUGCUCGAUUUUCCAACACCAGGUUUUCCCUCUGUAGCAUUGAUGAUCAGUAUGUUCAUCUCACCAAUGUUGCAGUGCAAAAAACAGCCCCUGAUUAUGAUCCUGAGAAGGGUUGUAAAUGGCAGAUGCAACAGCUACGGCGGUACCUGACUGCUAAACAUGGAGUAGAGAGAGUGCAGACUCUGUUUAAUGAAAUUGACAACAUAUUUAUUCGCAGCCUGCUUAGUGUUCAGAAGACCAUCAUUAAUGAUAAACACUGUUUUGAGUUGUACGGAUAUGACAUACUACUGGACCAGGAUUUAAAGCCGUGGCUUAUUGAGGUGAACGCUUCACCCUCUCUCACAGCCAGCAGUCAGGAGGACUAUGAUAUGAAAUACAGACUGCUGGAGGACACCCUGCACGUUGUUGACAUGGAGGGCCGUCUGACAGGCAAGGAGAAGCGGAUUGGAGGAUUUGACCUAAUGUGGAACGAUGGCCCUGUCUACACAGAUGUCGGCCUAGAAGCUCUGGGUAGUUCCUGCCUCAUAGCAAAUACACACCUUGGCUGUGUGAAUGACCGACAGAAACAACUUCAACAGCUUCUAAAGCCUUUCCUAGGGCAGAAGAGAACAUGACAACAAGAAAAUGACAUUAAAGCAAUGUGACAAACUGUGUAUGAGAAUCACACAAAAUCCCUCAAUAGCUAUAACACACAGCAUGAGGAUUCAGAUGAGGGUAAAUAUCAGUAUUUAAAUACUCAGUAACCUAUAUGUGGCAGGAACUACUUUGUUACGUUAUCUUUUCUUGUAUUUACUUAUUGUUUUACAAUGAGAUACCAGUUUAAUGAAAAAAAAUAAUGACUUUUAAAAAAGUAAAUAACAGUAGAAGGAGCCUCUGAUAAUGUAAUGAAAACUGUUUAUUUUGUAUCUCAUAAAAAUAGUUGAAUUCAACUACCAAAAAAAAAAAAAACCUUCCCAGCAAAAUUAAAGCACAAUCGGAUAAAGAUGAAA